CCUGGGCACACUGUAAGACUCUGUAGACAAUGGGAAGCAAAGGAGGGUUCACCCUGCUCGGGCUCUUGAUCAUCCUUUCUGUCCUCUAUGAUUCAGGUCAUAGCCUGCGCUGCUACAACUGUCCCAACUGGGUUGGUGCGUGCACUGUCACCACCAACUGUACCGCUAAUGAUGAUACAUGUCUCUGGGUCAAAGUCGACACACGGACAUCCUACCAGUGUUGGAAGUUUGAGAACUGCAACUACAAAGACCUCGCAAAACAAUUCGUAGGGAGCAAUCUAAAGUACAAUUGCUGCCAGAAGGACCUGUGUAACAGAAGCGGUGGGACGAGCAUAACGGGCACCAUGGCUCUGCUGGUGGCUCCGCUGCUCACAGCAUUCUGGAAACUUCUUAUCUAAAUCAAUACCAGGAGAGAGUCCCCUAA